AUGGAACUUCAAGAUACUUAUUAUAACAAAUCUGAAUAUGUUGAAACGGCAUCAGGUAAUAAAGUGAGCCGACAGACUGUUUUAUGUGGGUCUCAGAACAUUGUUUUGCAUGGUAAAGUUAUAGUUCAAAGUGAUGCAAUUAUAAGAGGCGACUUAGCUAAUGUUAAGACCGGAAGGUUCUGUAUCAUAAGCAAGGGUUCUGUGAUCAGACCGCCAUUCAAGAAAUUUAGUAAAGGUGUGGCAUUCUUCCCUCUACAAAUGGGUGACCAUGUAUUUAUUGGAGAAAAUACUGUAGUCAAUGCAGCUGUUGUAGGAUCUUAUGUAUAUAUAGGGAAAAAUGUUGUCAUAGGAAGAAGAUGUGUGUUGAAAGACUGUUGCAUGAUUGAAGAUAAUUCUGUUCUACCAGCGGAGACUAUAGUGCCUUCCUUUGCAAGGUAUUCUGGUAAUCCAGCCAAGCUUAUUACGACCCUACCAGAAGCUACUCCAGAUCUGAUGACAGAAUUCACAAAGAGCUAUUAUCAGCAUUUUUUACCUACUACCGUUAGUUAA